CAUCUCUCUCUAAACUCUUAGCUCACCUCUGCACCAUGGCCAUAGUCUUCUCCACCAUCCUCCUCCUUGAACUAGUAAUUCUAGUACGCUCCAUCACCCGGUGCGUUUCCAACUCCCACAGCCGCCCCAUCACCACCACCCAGUACCUUGAACUCAUCUACAAAAAAAAUCCGGCAAGCCGAUAUAAGACCAGUGUGAGAUUGGAGUCAUUGGAAUGCGCGGUUUGCUUGUCGGUAAUUGAAGAAGAAGAGGAGAUUAGGAAGUUGAAAUGCAAACACACAUUUCAUAAGGACUGUCUUGACACGUGGCUCCGGCAAGACGUGGCGACAUGUCCACUGUGCCGGAAAAACUUAUUGCCGGAGGACAUCAUGGUUAGGUAUCGUCGGCGGCAAAAUCAAGAAGAGUAUGAUGGAAUCGGAAUCGGUGAAGAGAUGAGAAUGUUAUUAUCAGUAUUGCAUGGUAAUUAUUCACGUAGAUUGUUUGGGUAUUAACGUUAGAUGGCAUAUGACUUAUUUUUGUUUUUGGACAUUGAAAGAUAUGGUUCCAACUGUGUGCCUGAGGCAUGUAUUUGUUGAUAUAGACUAGAAGAAAUGGAACAAAUAGAUAUCACUGAUUUUGUCUAAACUGUUAGUUCUUAAAAAGUGUUAUAUACUUUAAGGGUGUGUUUGUACGGGG